UGACUCAUAAAGGAAAACCUAACAACUAAGUGGGCGGAAGCAGGUUAACCGAUGAACAACAUCAGCAUCAUCAGAGUUGAAAUGAAUCGCUGCACAGCACUUCAUUGAUGAAAGAUCACACAAGCGUCGAACAGGAAAUGACAAAGAAAAGCCUUCUUGCGUUUUUUUUCCUCUGUCUGUUGGCUUUGGUCAGUGCUGUUGAAGACAAAGGCUCAUGUUAUGGAGCCGGUUCAGGCACUAUAGCAGGUAUUAUAUUCGCUGAUGUUGCAGUGACGGUCCUCAUUGUUACUACCACCUACUGGUACGCCAGCAAGCGCAGACAAAAGAAAGAAAAUGCUGACGAAGUCUACAUGAAUGUCAGAGCAAACUGCAAAACAUGAAGAUCCUAGGAAGAUUGACAUGAACAAUGGAAGAUUUACUGACAUAACCAUCAUAUGACAUUUUUUUAUAUUUUCAAUUUGUAGUUGCUUUGUAAAUAAAAUAAAAUUACUUUAUCUCAGUAACACUUUAGAAUACCGUCAUUAAUGAAUAACUAUUCAGAAACAACUGACUAACUACCAUUGACUAACAAGAAACUUAGUGAGAAUCAGUAAGUAACAGUGCUCAGUUAAAAGUGGUAGUUAACUAUUAGCUACUAUAUAGAACUACUAUAUACACUCUUAAAACGUACAGUGCUUCACAAUGCCAUAAAAGAUUUUUUUUUUUUUU